UACUUUUAGCAUGCAAGAAAAUGCCAAACAAAUAUAUGAAGAAAAGAAAGCGUGAUGCACAAUUUGAAGAGAUAAUAGUAAGUUGUAAGUCCCUCAGUAGGUAUGAUGCCAAAACCUUUAGAACAUUGUUACCACAGAUUUCUGCUACAUUUAUGGCAGUAUCGUUACACAUAUCAGUAGGGCUUUCAAUGGCAUUUUCCGGCAUUUUAAUACCAGCAUUAGAUAAAACUCGCCAAAAUGGUACAGAUUACGAUGGGGAAUUGUAUGCAACAAAACCAGAAUCAGCAUGGGUAGCUAGUAUUGCGGUUAUUGCUGUACCAUUCGGUUCUAUAACUUGUGGAUUUGCUGCUGACAUGUGGGGGAGACUAUGGGCACUUAAACUGUCUAUUUUACCUGCCAUUCUAGGUUGGUGUUUAAUAGCAAGUGCACAAAGCAUACCUCAGAUAUUAGUUGGUAGAUUUUUAACUGGAUUUGGAACACCUUGGUCAAGUAUUCCUGCUAUAGUGUAUAUAUCCGAAAUUGCUAGAGUAGAUAUAAGAGGUUCUUUAGUGGUGACAGCUCCUACUCUAGCUUCAGCAGGUAUGCUUCUCAGUUACUUAAAAGGAUGGUUUUUGCACUGGAGGACGGCUGCUUGGUUAUGCAACAUAUACUGUAUUUUACCAGUGUUUCUAUUAUUUUUUAUUCCCGAAAGUCCUCCUUGGUUAGUAUCAAAAGGAAAAUUUCCAGAGGCAGCAAAAAGUUUGCAGUGGUUGAAUAGGAAUCAGCCUCAACCUGACAACAGGAGUGAGACUUUAGCUGAACUACAUCUGCAGUUCCUUCAGAAAGAACAUCAGAAAAAACUAGAAGCCCAAGCAAGGAGAGAUAACUUGGGACCCAUACGCAUUCUGAAAGAGUUCCUUAAACCUACAGGAUACAAACCGAUGUUACUGCUUACUGGCAUGUAUUUCUUCCAGAUGUUUUCAGGCAUAUACAUCACACUAUUUUACUCUGUAACAUUUUUAGAGGAAAUGGGAAGUAACAUCAAUCCAUAUUUUGCCUCCACUCUACUUUGUUUUUUAAGGAUGGUAUUGGCUUUUGUAAAUUCUUACUUACUUAAAAAAUUCAAUAGACGAUUCCUCUUGAUGGUGAGUGGUCUAAGCAUGGCCAUAUGUAUGACGUGCUCUGGAUUUUCCACCUAUUGGAUUAAAUCUGGAGCUUCAAAUCACGCCUACUUACCAGUAGCAUUUAUGCUCCUGUAUGUUGCUACUUCCAUGAUCGGCAUGCUAACGAUACCUUGGAUGAUGAUGAGCGAAUUAUUUCCUAUCGAGAUUAGAGGAGUCGCUAACAGUGCAGCCUAUAGCGUAGCGAACCUGAUGAUGUUUGCGUCGAUUCAGAGUUUUUAUGGACUCAUAUCUAUUUGCCGUGGAUAUGCUGGCAUACAAUGGUUUUUUGCAGUAGUAUCAGUAUUAGCCAGUCUCUAUACAUACAUAUUUAUGCCUGAAACGCAUAAAAAGAAAUUAACAGAGAUAAACGACUAUUUUGUAGAUAAUAGUAUAUAUAUUUUAUCAAAAAAGAAGAAGCCGAAGCGAAACAAAACCGUUACUAAAGCUAGUAAAAAAGAUAUUAUUAGAACUUCAGAAAAUAGUCAAGAAGAAAAGUUAAUGGAUAAUGUGUAA